UUUGAACCUCCAUCUCCAGUACUGUAGUUGAGUUGCCGUUAUGGCACACACGCACACGCACACACACAUACAUGCCGCAUCAAGCAGGCCUGUGCCUCUCAAGGCCACUCUGCGACUUUUGGCAAUCUGUGUAUUCUUUGCCCUGGCCUCGCUGGCAUGGGGGUACAACAUCGGAGUGAUGGCGUCAAUAUACGUCCACCCAGGUUUCAAGAAAGCCCUACACAAGCCCACUAAAGCCACAACUGGCUUAAUUACCUCCAUAUACUACCUUGGUACAUGGCUCAGUUAUAUCUUUGUUUCCCAUCCAUUGGCGGACAGAUUCGGUCGCAGAGUCGCAGCCGCUUCCGGUGUCCUCAUCACGGGUGUGGGUGCCGCAAUUCAGACUGGAGCAAAAGGACCAGGUGCUCUAGGCAUGAUGAUAGCUGGGCGCAUUAUCUGUGGGUUUGGUCUGGCAAUUGUAUCCACCGCGGUUCCCUUGUAUCAAAGAUUCUACAGCGAGAUAUCCCCAGCGAAGCAUCGUGGCCGCUAUGUCGUUAUCAAUCAUAUUGGUUUGGUUGCUGGUCUUGCUGUUGCAUUCUGGGUCGGGUUUGGAUUCAGCCAUUGGGAAUCGAAGCGCGGAAACUAUUACGGCUGGCGCUUCUCUAUGGCAAUUCAAUUCAUUCCUGAAUUCAUCUUCCUGGUGGGGAUUUGGCUGUGUCCAGAGACACCACGCUGGCUCGUAGAACAGGGCCGCAACGAAGAGGCAAAGAAGAACUUAGCCUGGCUCCGCGCAUCUGAUCCUUCGGACGCAUUGGUCGUCGACGAGUUGAGCGAGAUCGAGAAGGACGUCGAGCGACGCAAGAUCGCGACUAGCCAAUCCUGGACUGUUCUCUUCACUAACCGACCGUUGUUCAACCGCUUCUGGCGUGCUGCUUUAUUGCAAUUUAUGGCACAGAUGUGUGGCAACACGUCCAUGAAAUACUACCUUCCAGAUAUCUUCGGCAGCCUUGGCAUCGAGCGAAAGCUAACUCUGAUGAUUGGAGGUAUUGAGAGUACUUUGAAAAUCGGAUGCACGAUUAUCGACUCCUACUUGGUGGACAGGCUUGGACGAAGGUUCACCCUGAUAGCUGCGUGCUUCGUGAUGAGCAUGGCGCUGCUGAUUAACGGCGCUCUUCCGCUUGCCUACCCCAAGAACGCCAACCACGCGGCUGACUACGUUUGCAUCAUCUUUAUAUUUUUGUACACUUUUGGGUACUCCAUUGGUUUUGGCCCCGCUGCGUGGGUGUACGGGUCCGAGAUUUUCCCCACAAACUUCAGGGCGAAGGGUCUCAAUCUUGCCGCAUCUGGCAGCUCUAUCGGCUCAAUUAUCGCCUCCCAAACCUGGCCUGUGGGCAUGCAACGUAUUGGCUCAAAGACUCAUUUUAUUUUCAUGAGCUUCAAUAUUGUCUCUGCAAUCAUCAUUUACUUUUUUUAUCCUGAAACUAGUGGCCGAAGCCUCGAGCAUAUGGAAACGCUCUUCAAUCCUGACUACCAGUCUCGCACAGACCUCGAGAGUCAGCCUGAGCAUUUUGACGAAGAUGAUGAUGCCGAUAUCAUGAACGCUCAUCCAAAAGACACUCGAGCUUGA